UUUAUGCGUAAAUCUCCAAAAAACCUUGUCUGCAAUGCGCUCAAGGUGCCGAAGGCGGAGGGAUAAUUUUUCUGUGGCUUGGUUUUUCUUGAAGUUGAUCACUGGCAUAAUGAAGGAGACGAAAAAGGAUACGAACUUUUGAAUGGCUGGGUGAAGAAAACAAAUAAAACAACUCUGCAUGGAUAAUAUUUCAAUGGGUCUCAAUGAGUCCAAUGAUUCGUCGAUAUCAGAUUCAUCGGAGUCUCUGUCAACAUCCCUGUUAUUGCUGUCAAGUUCCAAAUUUUUACAGAACCUUUCUUUCUCUUACCUUGAUUUUUUUGCUGGCCUUAUAUGAUAGCUAUAGCUUAAUCCAUGUGGCGAACUUUUGCUUCUUCACUCAUUGAUGUAUUUUCAUUCGUUCUUCACUGUUUUCGCUUUUUUGAACUGGUCCAUGUUUUUAACGUGGUCUACGUUUACUUAUAACUUAAUAGACUUACACCUAAUACAUGUACCAAAAAUGCUUGGUAGUCAGAACAACAAUGCUGAUCAAUUAAGUAUCUGUAUCUAGGUAAUUUCUGUGAAAAUCUUCUUGGUUGAUUGGAUAUAUGCCAUAGGGCUGUCAAUCAAGAGACAAACUUUUACUUCCAGCGAAAAUGUAAAACCACCAUUUCUCUGCCAAUAUUUACUCUUUUUCAAAACAUUUUUUCAGGAAAUAGAGAUUAUUCUUCGACCACUAUGUUGACCCAAAAAUCCAAAUUUGAAGAAAAUUGCCGACCUGAAGGUAUACUGUUACCUGAAAAGCCCCAUGUGGUGGAGGCAUUCGAACUCCAGGACCAGGCGCUACAUGUCAGACAAGGAGCUUUUUCGUAAGAUGAUUAUCAAAGCCCAGGAAAUUGAAGGAACUCGAAAACUUAUUGGAGGCAGUGGAUUACAAAUUGGCAAGCGACUUGCAUUGGAUGGGUGUCAUGUUCUUGCUGCUGCUGAUUCUUCUGUAGAGUUACUGGAGAUGCUACCUGAGAAUUUGACUACAGUGGGAAACAUUGUGGAUGUUGAUGAUAUCCAUCUGCUGCUGGAAUAUCCUGCGCACUUUCCCUGGGGAAAUUAUAUGUCACAAAGAGCUAACAGAUUGGUGCUACAUAGUGAUGAACACAAUCCUUACUUGAAAUCAAUGGAAAAAUUUCAGGAGAAAUUAAAAUACUUUUCGCCAUCAAUAUUGGUGGUUGCUGGUCUCCAAAGGCUGGAAAACUUUCCAGUCUUUAGUCCUGGUGACAGUGGUAAACUUUUAGAAAAGCUGUCAUCUUUCCUUGAGACUGUGGAUGUUCCAAUCCAUUUUGAAAUGGCAUCGUUCCACCAAGAAACGUUCUUUGAUGAACUUUUACAGUACGUAAUACCUUAUUCAAGUUCUAUUGGCAUGAAUGAACAGGAGCUUCCUAACUUAUGGAGUAAACUCCUUUAUGGAAACAUUACAGUUGUUUCCAGUCAGAAACCAAGGGUAGCAAAAGUGCUGGAUCUCAUGAGGGAUGUUUACAAGAUUUCAAGAGGGAAUUAUGGAAAAGGAAGAAAGAGGCAGCUGACUCGAUUGCAUGUCCAUACUCUUGCUUUUCAAGUGAUUCUAACCACUGAAGGAUCACACUGGAAAAACACCAAGGCAGCUGCUGCAAAAGCCUCUCUGACGGCAACGAGGCAUGUCUGUGGCUCAAGGGAAAUUGAUCCCAAGAAAUCUAAGUUAUUUAUGGAUGAUUCAUUUUCCAAGAGUAUAGUUCCAGGUAGCCCUAGAGUUCAAUUCAAUUCCAAUUCACCCGUGUCUUGCUGGAAUGAGGAAGAUUACAAAAUUUGUGUUGCUCCAGUGUUAGUUUGUACUCAAGUGUUGCAGACAGGAGGUGGUGGUGACCAUAUUACAGCAGGAGGCUUGGUAUUACAGAUUUAGGCUGUAUACUAUUAUUUGGGUUUAACACUACUCUCACUGUUUCUGAAAAUAAAUAGAGAUUACUGCACGGUAAUGUUCACAAAAGACCGUG